GGGCUAUGCGGUCCUUGUGGGCUUUUAUAUUUAAGGACUAUAAAAUUAUUAUCAAAUCUGUAAUAAAAUGUGAGGGGCAGAUUCUCUGUAUAUGUCAUGCUGCCGUGGCCUUUUGAGUGAAAAUUUUUAAAGCUCUCUCCCCCAACCUAAUUUCAAUGCUCAUCAAUUCAACGGAGAAUCGCGAAGUUAUGAACAUAGUGGUGUUCCCAUGGCUUGCAAUGGGCCAUUUGAUUCCCUUCCUUCGUCUCUCCAAGCUCUUAGCUCUGAAGGGUCACAAAAUCUCCUUCAUUUCAACCCCAAGAAACCUCUCCAAACUUCCCACAAUUCCCUCAAAUCUCUCAUCUCAGAUUACCCUCAUCUCCUUCCCUUUGCCUAACGUUCCCAACUUACCGCCCCUCGCAGAGUCCUCGAUGGACAUUACUCAUAACCAGCAGCAGCCACUCAAGCACGCCUUUGAUCUGCUACAACCGCUUCUAACUUCUUUCCUCCAAUCCUCAAAACCCGAUUGGAUCAUUUAUGACUAUCCUUCUCAUUGGCUCCCUUCGGUCGCAGUGCAGCUAGGUAUCUCACGCGCCUUCUUUGGUGUCUUCACAGCUGCGUGUUUAUCCUUCAUUGGUCCACCUUCGGCGUUGAUUAACGGUGGAGAUGGUGCUAGGUCAACGGCUGAGGACUUUACGAAAGUCCCCAAGUGGGUUCCUUUUGAAUCCAAUCUGGCCUAUCGUUUGCAUGAAAUUACUAAAUAUAUCGAGCGAACAGAUAAGGAUAAAUAUGGACCACCUGACAUGCUCCGGUUCGCUAUUUCCAUUCAAGAGAGUGAUGUUGUUGUUGUUAGAAGUUUUGAUGAGUUUGAACCGGAUUGGUUCAAUCUUUUAAGUGGGCUAUAUGAAAAACCAGUAAUACCGGUUGGUUUUUUGCCGCCGAUACUGGAAGAAGAUGAGAUUCAGAAUGAUGAAAAAUGGGUUGUUUUUAAAGAAUGGUUAGAUAAACAGAGAGUUAACUCAGUGGUUUACGUUGCUCUGGGGACUGAGGUUCAUUUAAUUAAAGAAGAACUCACUGAGUUGGCUCUGGGGUUGGAGAAGUCAGGUUUACCUUUCUUUUGGGUGUUAAAGCACUCACCCGGGUCAGCUCAGUCAGAGUUGGAGAUGUUACCGGUUGGAUUUGAGGAGCGAGUCAGGGGACGUGGGUUUGUUUACUUGGGGUGGGCUCCACAGGUGAAGAUACUGAGUCACGAGUCCAUUGGGGGAUUCUUAACUCACUGUGGUUGGAACUCAGUUAUAGAGGCACUAGGCUUGGGACGGGUUUUGAUAAUGUGUCCGAUGCUGAAUGACCAAGGACUAAAUGCCAGGCUAUUACACGAGAAAAAAGUUGGUGCAGAGAUACCAAGGAAUGAGAUAGAUGGAUCGUUUACAAGCGAUGCAGUGGCCGAGUCAGUGAGGUUGGCAAUGGUGGAGGAGUCGGGCCAGGCGUUGAGAGAAACAGCAGAAGCAAUGAAGAGAUAUUUUGGUGAUCAGGAUAGGAACCAUCAUUGCGUGGACGAAUUUGUUCGUCAACUAGAGGAUAACAGGAAAUGACAAAGGAGCAGGUUUCAGUUUUUGUUGAAUAAAAUCAUAAAGAAAUUACAAGAAUGUAACGCUAUGUUAUUGUACCAAGUAAUCUCAAUGGAUUUCAGUCUUCAUCUUUAGUUUGUCUUUGUCCGCCUCUUUGAAUUGUAUAUUAUGAAAUUGACAGCAUUCUGAUUUCUAAGAAAUCGGCUGCCGAAGAUUGACCAACUGCGACAAGGACCGCCAACAAAAAUGGACUAAUAUCAGUUACAUGAGAGCCUCCCUGUAGACCUGACUGGCUAAAUGAGAUUCAGAUUCAAGCAAUUGAAGAUCAGAUGUGAACAGUUCAGGAUGUGAACAACUGGAAUGUUCCCUAAUAAAGUUGGUAUACGCUUACUCCUCAACCCCAUUGAAGAUCAGAUGCCCCAAGGAUAUCAGGUGAUUUCUAAAGCCAAUGUCAAUCAACGGUUGAUAUCCAAAGGAGGGGGAAAUUGUUAAUUUUACUGACCAAGGAUGAUGCUUGAAAAGAAUAAAUUUCCAUUGAUUUUGGAAUCAGGCAUCUAGCCCAUCUGUACAAAGUUUGGGUUGGGACUUCUGACAUUUUGCUAUUUUGAAAAACAGAACUAUGAGCUGAGAUGCUGCUGUUUAUAAUAUAAAAGAAUUGAAACCGAACCUAAUAAGAAAAUAUUGUAUUUAUAUGUGUUAAUAUCCUGAUUUAUGUCUCGGGUUCUCAGCUCUUUGUUAUGAACUAAAAAAAAUGAAUUUCUAAAAGGUUGCGUCUCUGACCU